AGUCAGAUGAGAGCUCCCGUCCUCCCCGCAGCGCGCGCACUGAGCCAAAGUGGAGAGGAGAGGACGCGUCGAGCCGCGGACUCCUCUCUUCUGGCACAGACUCCCCCAAACCGUCCUCCUCCCUGAGCUGCUGGAGUCAGUCCAGCUCUGAGAAGGAGAAAGGAGGCGCGACAUAGCCGGCUGCCUUCAUCUGCUUCUUGUGGAGGCGCGCGCCGGCAUGGGCACCCUAACAAACCCGCUCCUCACCUCGGGGUUCCUGCUUGUCGGCGCAGCUUUCUCAGUCCUCUCCAAAGGGGUCACACAGCCUGACAGCCUGCCGUCAGUGCAUGGAACUCUGCCACACUUCAUCCAGGAGCCAGAGGAUGCCUACAUUGUCAAGAGCAACCCUACUAAACUGCGCUGUCGAGCCACUCCCGCCUUACAGAUAUUUUUCAAAUGCAACGGGGAAUGGGUGCAUCAGAACGAACACUCGUCCCAUGAGUACAAAGACCUCAACACAGGACUGAAGGUGCGUGAGGUGAUGAUAAACGUUUCCCGUCAGCAAGUGGAGGACUUUCAUGGGCCUGAGGACUACUGGUGUCUCUGUGUGGCGUGGAGCCACUUGGGGACCGCUAAGAGUCGGAAGGCAACUGUCCGCAUAGCCUACCUGAGGAAAAACUUUGAGCAGGAUCCCCAGGGGAAGGAAGUGCCAAUCAACAGGAUGAUUGUUCUGCACUGUCGUCCUCCGGAGGGAGUGCCAGCAGUGGAGGUGGAAUGGUUAAAAAACGAGGAGUUGGUGAGCUCUCUGACUGAUGACAACAUCGACUCACGGGCCGACCAAAACCUCAUCAUCAACGAGGCGCGUCUGUCAGACUCGGGCAACUACACGUGUCUGGCCAGCAACAUCGUGGCCAAACGACGCAGCGCCACAGCCACCGUCAUCGUCUUUGUGAAUGGCGGCUGGUCUCUGUGGACAGAGUGGUCCCCCUGCAGUGUGCCCUGUGGCUGGGGUGUCCAGAAGCGAUCGCGGACCUGCACAAACCCCGCCCCUCUGAACGGGGGGGCCUUCUGUGAGGGGAUGUCUGUGCAGAAGAUCACCUGCAACGCCCUCUGUCCAGUUGAUGGAGGCUGGGACGAGUGGAGUGAAUGGACAUUGUGCAACAGUUUGUGUGGAAGGCACCGCACUCGGGAGUGCAGCUCUCCAGCACCUAGACAUCGAGGCAAAAUGUGUGAAGGGAACAGCCAGGCCACUGAGAACUGCACAGAUGGGCUGUGUACCCAGAAUCGAAACCUGCUACAUGAAGUCAAACCUCAAAGUAUGGAGGGUUCUAAUGAUGUGGCUCUGUAUUUGUGCCUGGGAGCUGGCAUCAUCGCAGUCGCCUUCCUUGUGGUGGUCGUUAUGUUAUACAGGAAGAACCACAGCGAGUACGGGGUGGAUGUGAUCGACUCCUCAGCUCUGACCAGGGGCUGUCAGUCUUUUAACUUUAAGACAGCCAGACAAGGCAACCCGCUGCUUCUUAACUCCUCAAUGCAAUCAGACCUCACCGUGGGGCGCACGUACAGCACUCCCAUCUGCUUUCACGAAAGCACCGACAAAGAACCCUUCGACCCCCUGCCGGACAUCGCAGUCAAAGUUCAGAGCUCCUUCAUGAUUUCGUUGGGCGUGGCGGAACACGCGAGGUUUCCCGACAAAGUCCCCACAGAGACUUACCAACGAGACCUCGGCUGUGAAUACUGCAGCACCAUGGAGAGGCGCAAGAAAGACACGCUGACGUUCAACAGACCCAUCGACAAAGAGCAACCGCGGACCAGCGGCGUGUUCGGCCACCUCGGCGGGCGGCUGGCAGUGCCAAACACAGGGGUCAGUCUGCUGGUUCCUCCUGGAGCUGUGGCUGAAAAUAUGUCCUGGGAGAUGUACAUGGUGAUCAAUCAGGGAGAGUCAAGUAUUGAAACUCUGGAAGGCUGCGAAAUCCUCCUGGGCCCAGAGGUGACAUACGGCCCUUCAAAUCUGGACCUUUCCUGCCCAGCUGCCAUGACCGUCCCCCACUGCGCGCUGGUUGACAAGGAGAACUGGAACAUUCAGCUGAGGAGGAAAACCCAGGACAGUAAAUGGGAGGAAGUGAUGUCGGUAGAUGAGGAAUCCACUUCCUGCUUUUGUCUGAUGGACUCAACCUGCUGCCACCUGCUGCUGGACCAGCCGGGCUCGUACGCGCUGGUGGGGGAACCUCUCACUCAGGCUGCCAUGAAAAGGCUGAAGCUGAGUGUGUUUGGCAGCCUGGAGGCCGGCUCCACCAACUACUGUCUGCGUGUUUAUUGUGUGGAUGACACGCCGCAUGGCUUUCAGAGAGUGGUGGCUGCAGAGAGGACCAGGGGGGGUCAGCUUCUGGAGGAGCCAAAGAUGUUGCCUUUCCAAGCUAAUACCUUCAGCCUCCAGGUGUCGAUUCAGGAUGUUCCCCAGUUUCUUUGGAGCAUCAAACCCUUUACAACAUGUCAG